GAGGCGGGUGAAAGACCAGAAAGGCAGAUCUCUUUGUGUGUGUGGGUGUGUGUGUGUGACAUACGCGGCGCAACGGAGAUGAGAUCUUAGUGGACACAGGCAAGUGGAUCAAAAUCAGAUGGAGGCCUAUCUGAGCGGGGCCAGAGGAGGAAAGAGAGUGUGCUCGCGAGAGGAGAGGAAGAGGAGGAAGACGUCUGGGGCAGUGGCAGCAGUGGUGGAAGGCCCGUCCGGCCAGCAGAGGACCCCUGACCCCUCACAGACUUCCAGAGUCUCCCAUGAUGACCGCAGCUCUGCAGCCAGUGGUCUGGAUGUGGCUGACCGACUGACCUACCUGGAGCAGAGGAUGCAGAUGCAGGAAGACGAGAUCCAGCUGUUGAAGAUGGCGCUGUCUGACGUCCUCAAGAGGCUCAACAUCUCUGAGGAGCACCAGGCUGCUGCCGCCGCCGCCACUGCAGGCAGGAGGGCGCCGGGUGGUAAAGCCAGGCCAGUCUCUCUGGCUCUGCCCACCAGGCAUCCCAUGGUCUCCACAAGUUCUGCCUCCCUGAAGAAGAGCUCCACGCUGCCCUCCAGCUCCACAGCCAGGAACUACAGCCCCACACCACCUCGCAGUGGUGUGAAGAGCCCAGCAGGGAGUGUGAAGGACAGCCCAUGUAAGACGCCCAAAUCACGGCCCUCGUCUGCAGCCUCCUCAUGUAAAAAGGAAUGCAGCGGCAGCAGCAGCAAGACUAAGGAGGAUGCAGUAAGUGCAGGAACCAGACGUGUGACACAGUGCAAAGUGACUAUGCAGAUCUAUCUGAGCCCCCAAGCAAGAAAGACUGGAUCUUCUGAGACCACCAAGACGGCGUCCAAGGUGCCCGGAGGCAGCGGGCCCCCUGCGACGCCUGGAAACCCCCAGGCGAGGGGGGGCGGCAAGACGGAGAAGAGGAGGUCUGCCCCGUCCUUGACCCUGAACCUGCAGAAGACUACGACCAGCCAGAGCACGCACCAGGACACUUCCAGCCACAAGAGCCCCAUGAAGUCACCCAGCCAGUACUUUCAGAUUUGUUACUGAGGAGAGAGGAUGGAGAUAGAAUUACUCCAACUUUUUCAUUAAGUUUACGCAUAAUAAUUAUUUAAGGUCUCAAUUGACCAUGUGAACAGAAACUGCAAGUGAAGACUUGAUUCUAAUCUUGCAAAAACAAGACGUUGAGUUCAAAUUGAUAAUAAUUACAUUCUGAUAUCUACAGUACAGCAUCGCCACACAUUCCCAGUAACAAGUCUGAUUAAUGAAAUGAGUCACUACAGGGUUGUAUGGCAUUAAUAUAUAUAUUCAUAUUUAAUUUCAGGGUAGUGUGAAAACUUUAAGGAGCACUGUGUAGUUUCUGUUUCUCGCAUGUUAGUUCCUGCAACUUGUUUCAGUGUUUCUGUGUUCAAGUCUUCACUUUGUCUGACUGUACUGAUGUUUCUUUAUCUGUAGUCCUCUUUGAGCACUGACUGUGUGAUGUAAGAGGGAAUCUGUGUGUGUGUGUGUGUGAGUGUGUGUGAGUGUGUGGUUGUGUCUCCCUACCUGCUUGCUGUGAUAUAUCAGUUUUGUAGUCAAUGUUAAAUCUUACCUUCACCUAAAAUGCUCCUAGUUCAGUAAAAAACAAUAAACAACUGUGUUCUGAUCACAA